CACUAGGUGUCAUUUUCAUUUCAUAUUUAUGAUAAAAAAUUUGUUCAGUUUACUAUUUAGUGCAGGUUUGAGCUUUAAAAAUAUUAAAUUUUUAUUCAGGCAAAUAAAAUUGGAGUCAGCCAAUUACAUUAAAUUGUUUAUUUCGUACUUUAAUAUAUUGACAAAAAAUGGAAGCGAAUACAUCCACCCCUCCACCAUCGAACGUUAAAACAACAAAUGAAACAUCUUUAAAGAAACGUAAGCGCAGGUAUUCAUCAACUGGAGAAUAUACAAAUGUUGACGAUGAAGAGUGCCUUAUACCAGCAGAAAAAGUGUUGGUUGAGGAACCACCGUUUUCCCUUCUUGAAUUGUGUGACGAGAUUUUAAUUGAAAUACUUUCGAAUUUGGAAAUAAAAUCUUUACUUGCUGUUGGACAAACAUGCAACCGUUUGCAACUUCUCAUUCGAGAUUCACGCCUUUGGCGGAAUGUAGAUUUAACAGGUGAACAAUUACAUCUCAAAGAUAUCAAAAAGUAUUUAUUAAGAGUGAAUGACCAGACAAAUUGUAUUAAAAUAAGAGGUAUGGUAGAACAAUAUCCCAGUGAAUCAUGGAAAAACGUUUCUCUAAGUGAAAGUUUACUACAACAUAUAACUGAAACAUGCGAAAAUUUGCAAAUAUUGGAGCUUCAUCAUUGUUUUAUUAAUACAGAGACGAUCGAUAUAACACAUUUUCCUCAAAAGCUAAAAAGAUUGGUUUUUAAUGAUUGCUACGUUCGCUGGCCGAAUACCCCAGCAAUAUUGUUUUCUCGAAUUGAUACUCAUUUGAAAGACUUGGAAGAUUUGCGCAUAGAAUUCUGUAAUUGGUUUAGCACGCAUGAUUUGGUAGCAUUUUCGAAAGUGGUUAAUUUAAAAAGUCUCAGCAUUAGAGGUUGCAGCGAAUUGAAGGAAUUUGUUCCUUAUGGGAGUAUAGCUGCACGUUUUGGUUUCAAAAAAUUGGAGACAUUAGAUCUCAGAGAAACUCCUAUAAUGGAUUCGGAUUUUCAAUGUUUCAACAUACUGAAAAAUUUAAGAGAAGUUUUAGUGGAGUGUCCUGUUGAAUUGCGUAACAAUCGAGCGCGGUCAAACAUCAGAACAUCUUGUGGCAAUGUAACGUUGCCAGAAACUCGUGUUAGAGAACGAUCUCGUCCACAGAGACCUGGCCCGCAGCCUGGUAGAUUUUUUAUUGUAAAUGUAGUUUAUAAUAGACAAAAUCAAAAUCCAGCACAAAAUAACCAAAAUAAUCAAGCAGAAAACAACGAAAAUCAAGAUGAAGGCAAUGUAAGAAAUGCACCUGCUCCAAUACCUCAAUUUCAUGAACUAGAACCAGGGCGAGAACAAGAACAAUUAGAAAAUGCUUUAAGAAUAUUUUUACCACAGCAUAUAAAUGAAAACGGCAAUGGUAAUGAGAAUCAUGGGCCAACACAUGCUGCUAGCAUUUACUUUGCUCCAACAAAAAUUACUGAUCGGGGUGUAUGUAGCUAUGGAAUUGCUCGUGUUCCUGUACAAAAUAAUAUCGUAGUUAUAAGAGCAGAGCCUAGACCGCAAGACACAACAUUAGAAAAAUUAACGAUACGUCAUUACCGUAAUGUCUCAGAUGUAUCAUUAAGGCAUUUAGUGCAGUGUGCACCUAAAUUAAGAUAUUUGGAUGUAACAGGUUGUGGUGUAACUUUAGAAGGUAUUAAUGCGUUCAAAGAAGUUAAACCAGAAUGUAAAGUCAUUUCAGAUUUUACAUCAUCGUAAUUUAUUUUCCAGAAAAAAAAAUAUAAAAUAAUACAAUCAAUAAUAAAUUUAAUCCUAAAACUUGAGUAUGUAUCCAAAAUAUCACGUAAUAUUCAAUGAAAUUCUGUAUAAAUUAAUUUCAGAAAUAAUAAUUUCUGAAUAUAUUAAAAAUUAAGAAACGAAUACUUUUUAAUAAAUAAGUUAGCUCAAGUGUUCAUAGUUUUCAUUAAUUUAGUAAUAAACUAUAUUAGAAACUAUAUAAAUAUGUAUUCUGAAUUUUUUAAUGUAACUUGUCAUUGGAAAAUGAAUGUUAUCUAAUAUUUGGAAACACAAAAUUUUA